AUGGCUGAUUCCGUUUCAGUGCAAGUUGCGUUGCGAAUACGACCAUUAGUGGACUCUGAAAUUAAAAAAGGAUGUCAGAUGUGCCUUGAAUGUGUCCCUAACGAACCUCAAGUUUUUGUGAAGGGAACAGACAAAAGUUUCACUUUUAACCACGUGUUCAACCCGGAAGAUGAUAACGAGUAUUUUUAUGAUGUUGCUAUAAAAGACUUGGUUCAACAUGCUUUUAAAGGAUAUAACGUGACAGUUUUAGCGUAUGGACAGACAGGAUCAGGGAAAACUUUUUCGAUGGGCACGUCGUAUAGUGAUGAAAGUGAUGCAGGUGUUAUUCCUCGUGCUGUCAAGGACAUAUUUAAAAAUGUAGCAGAAAUGACUGAUCGACAUUUCAAAAUUUCUGUGAGUUUUAUGGAGCUGUAUCAAGAGCAGUUGUUCGACCUUCUCAGUUCAUCAAAAUCCACUGUGGAUAUUAGAGAAGAUACUCGGGGUAUCGUAAUUCCUGGACUCACAGAAGUAGCGGUUUUCAACGCUGAUGAUACAACACAGUGUUUGGUUCGUGGUUCAAUGGGAAGGGCAACUGGUGCAACAGCGAUGAAUGCUCAGUCGAGUCGAAGUCAUGCUAUUUUUACAAUAACAAUUCAGCAACAGAGUAAAUCUGAUGAGAGUAAUAGUAUGACUUCAAAAUUCCACUUGGUGGAUUUAGCUGGCUCAGAGAGACCCAAAAAAACAAAGGCAACUGGAGAAAGAUUUAAAGAAGGUGUAAACAUCAAUAAAGGCCUUCUUGCAUUAGGAAAUGUUAUAUCAGCUUUAGGAGAUGAAUCCCAGAAAGGAUACAUUUCAUAUAGGGACAGCAGAUUGACAAGAUUGUUACAAGAUUCUCUUGGAGGCAAUUCAUUAACUAUAAUGAUUGCAUGUGUCAGCCCAGCAGAUUACAAUUUAGAAGAAACACUAAGCACAUUGCGGUAUGCUGAUAGAGCAAGAAGAAUUAGAAAUAAACCUGUUGUUAAUCAAGACCCUACAGCUGCACUUAUUGCCAAGUUAAAACAAGAUCUCCAGGAAGCUCAGUUAGAACUCAUGAAUUUGGAUAGAAACUCGCAAUGUCCGGAAGAACACAAGCGACUAGAAGAAGAAAAUGCUAACCUUGCUGGCAAGAAUAUGAAAUUAACUGAGGCUCUUCACAAUGCCUUUGCAGAAAAUACAAAUUUGGUUGAGCGAGCUCUUCUUGCAGAAGUUGCUCGCGAUCGUAUGAAGGUGAAAUUAUGUGAAUUACAAGCUGAAUACGGCAAUGCUAUGGACAAUUUGAAUCAAACAAUGGACCCAAGUACAUGCCCAGCUGAGUUUUGGGAGCAGUUGAAACACUUGCGGGAUUUGCAGGAAAAGAUUAAAGAUUUACAAGCUGAGCAAAAACGUAGUUCAGAAGAGAUUUUAAAUCAUGAGUUAUCAGCUGAUAAUGAACAAAAUUGUGUAACAGAAGACAAUAUUUAUACUUCGAAAAUUCCAGUUGAUAUUGAACUGCAAGUUGAACAUCAUGAAGCACAUACGUUACAGCAAGUGGAGUUAAAUAAAGAACUGAAGGAACUCAACAGAGCUCUUGCUUUAAAAGAAGAAUUAGUGGCUCAACUUGCUGUGAAUUCCAAUCAGAUUUUGAAUUUGAAGACGGACUAUGAUAGCGCUGUGAAAGAUUUGGAGUUACAAGUUCAAUUUCUUCAGAAGGAGAAAGAAGAACUAGUGCGCUCCCUUCAGGAAAUUCAAAAUUCAACUGUUGCUCCAAAAGAAAAUGAGCAACAUAAGUUGCAUAUGAAGAGACUUACUGAGCUUGAACAAAAAAUUACCUGCCUUAACAAAAAAAUUGCUGAGCAAAAUAAAAUGAUUAGAAUGAAGGAACAACAAGAGAAAAAAAUAUCCCAAUUAAAUAAUGAAAUAACUUCCAUGAAACAGACAAAAGUUAAAUUAAUAAAACAGAUGAAAAUUGAAAGUGAAAAAUUUAGGAACUGGAAACUUCAAAGAGAAAGGGAACUUUCCAAACUUAGGGAUCAAGAUCGAAAACGUCAAAACCAGUUGGUACGUAUGGAAAGGUUGCAUACCAAGCAACAAAACGUGUGGAAAAGAAAAGUUGAAGAAGCGGUUGCCAUUAACAAAAGGCUUAAAGAUGCUCUUGCUCUUCAAAAAGCUACUCAAGAAAGACGUGGAAAUAUGAGUAGUGCAAUGAAAGUUCAGACAUGGCUAGCCCAAGAACUAGAAAUUAUAUAUAGUAUAAUGUAUGCUGAAAAAACUUUAGAACAACUCAUGGAAGAUAGAGCUGUGCUAACUGAACAGGUGACUGCUCUAAAGAAGAGUCUGGAUAGUGGAAAACUUGUGGAUGAAAAAAAUGAAGUGGAAGAAGAAAUAAAACAACUGGAAGAAAACGUAGCAGCAAGGAAUGCUCAGAUUUCUGAUUUACAACAAAAGAUUCUCGAUUCUGAUCAGGAAAACAAAAGCAAAACUCGAUGGGAUUACAUCCAAUCCUCUUCAGAAGCAAAAUGUGCCCUAAAAUACCUCUUUGAUGUAGCUGUGGAAACAAAGAGAGAAAAAACAUUUAUUGAAAAUAAAUUGGCAGAAUUGCAACAUGAAUGUAAUUCUAAAGAUAAUACUAUUCAGGAACAGGAAAGAACUAUAAAAGAACUUUCACAGAAUCAUUCACAGAUCAUUCGUCUUGAAAAGGAAUAUGAAGAGAAAAUAUUUGUUUUAUUAAAACACUUUUCUGGUGGUGACAGUGAUUCUAGUUCAAUAAAUGUCAUUCUGGAGCAAGCUAGCAAAAGACAACAGAGGAUUGAAGAACUUGAAGCUAUGAUAAAUAAUAAGAAAAUUGAGAAAAAGAAAAAAGUGAAUGCCCCUCCCGCAAUAAACAACACUUUUGUUUAUGAACUGGAGGAGUCUAUGAAUGAGGAAGAUGAAGAUGACAAUUCUGAGGAUGAUCCUGAUUGGCAGAAAACUCCCGUUUUCAAAAGAAUAAGAAGCAUGAUUGUUAAAAAAAGUGAUGAAGGAGAAAGAUCAAAGGCAGUGAAACGAACAUCUGAUGGAAAAACCAAAUGUUGUUGCAAAAAAGGUUGUUCAACAAAGGUGUGUGGGUGCUAUAAAGUUGAUAGUCAUUGUUCAAGUGCAUGUAAAUGCAGUUCUGCUUGUCGCAACAGAGAACAAAAUGCAUGUAACAAUGAAAAUGUUCCAGACAAUUUUAAAAAACCAAGAGAAUUAUCAUUUUUUACAACAGAUGAAGAGUUUUAA